AUGUCUCGGAAUCACGUGAACAUACGCAUCAAUGAUUUCGUACCUAAUUCACAUCAUAAUCCUAUUUCAAAUUUACCACAUAAUGAUAAACCGAUAUCUAAAGUGGCAAUAUCGCCACUAACUAAAUAUGUUUUAACAUAUAGUCAAGAAGAUAAAUCCUUUGUAGGAUGGCAUGAUGAUUCCGAUUCAAACCUUUGUAAAGAUAUCGAAUCGUCAAAUUGGGAAGACAUUAGUGAUUUCAAGGUUUCUGAUAACAAGAUCAUUUUGUAUGAAUAUACUGGUUUCGCAAAAUUCCACGAUUUGAAACAUGAUGAAGAUCUUGAAAUUAAAGAUGAAAGUUGUGAUUAUAGUCAUACAAAUUUACUUGAAAACGGGAAUAUAGUUACAUUUAAGAGUAAUUGUAGUAGCACUACAUUAAAUCCCGCAGUUUUGAUUUAUGAACUCGCAAAUAAUAAUGAAUUGACUCAAAAGGCUUUUAAUAUUUUAAAUGAAAAAGAUGUAAGAUUUGGCGGUUAUCUAAGCAAAAGGAUGUGGAUGAUGGCAUAUGGAUUAAUUUUCCUAUUGGAUUUAGCCACAUUCCAACUUCAAAAGAUUUCGCUUUUUGAAAAGAAUUUAAAUAUUGAGCAAGUUAAAUUCAAAUUCUCAGACAAGUUAAUUAUCAUGAAAGUUGUUGAUGCGCAUUAUAUCUAUUACAAUAUCAAAGACCAAAUUAAUUUUCCCAUUGGAAAGAUUGUAGAUUCUGAUUGUCGUGAAUUCGAAUUCGCCGGCAAUAAUAAUGAAUUCAUGAUUACUUUAUCAAGUAGUAAUGUCAUUAAUAUUUAUUUUUGGAAAUCAAGCCUAAAAGGUUCCAUUGGUUUCAAUAAAUUAGUAGAAUUUGGAGAUCUCGAUAAAACUAAUCAUGAUUGGAGAUAUUCCAUCUUUAAUGAUAGUCAAAAUCUUAUUAAAAAUGAAGAGAACAUAUUUAUGGAUAUAGAUCAAAAUUUUACUACUAUCAAAGCUAAAAUGGAAGCUGUUGAUGAGUAUAUAAAGAAUAACAUCUCUGAAAACAGUAAAGAUACUCUACGUGACUUGGGCGCUUAUUUAAUACCUACGUGUACAUCAAUUCUUUGGUACAAAAAUCAAGAUAAUGAUAUUACUUUCUUGGUUUCAAUUUCAUGUCUUAUACUUGAAAUGAAAUUUAUACUCUUUUUCCGAGCAUUUGAACCAUUUGGGGUUUAUUUUGCCAUCAUGCUUGGUGUUGCACGCAAAAUUUUUUCAUUUCUAUUCAUUUUGGUUCUUAUUACAUUGAGUUUUGCUCAUGCAUUUAUGCUUUUAUUAAAACCCAAAUCUCCGUUUAAUGAAGAAGAUUUAGGAAAUAUAAAUGAACCUAAUAAUCCUUGGAAUCUUACCGACAGAUUUUUUCAAGUUUCGGAUGGGAAAAUUAAUCGGAACAUGACUUUAUUUAAAGUUCCUGAUGACUAUACAAAUUUAUUUUCAAAUUAUCCCAACUCUCUUUUAGCAAUGAGUAUAUUCCUAACAGGAGAUGGAAGUUUAUUUAAUAGAUGGCCACCUGAGGAUAAUAAAACAAUGAUCGCUUUAAUGAUUAUAUAUUCAUUUAUAAUCGUUGUGUUUCUUAUGAACUUAUUGAUCGGACUAUUAAAUAUGGCAAUUGAAGAAGAUAAUGAUCGGGUAACUUACACUGUACAAAAGGCGGAGAUUCUUAAAGAAAUUGAACUAUUUUAUUUUCUUCCGAAUCAUAAGCGAUGCUGGAAAACAUGGUUUCCCGGAUUAAUGUAA